AUGACCAACGACCCGAAAACCCCCCUCGGCCUACCGGCGACCCUCAGCCCUGACGCCCUCGACACCAUCACCAAACUCGCUUCGAUACUCACGCGCCUCCGCACGCCUGUGACUCUCCCCAACGCCAGCGGCGGCGGUAGCGGGCAGACCCCCGCAGCAGCGCCCACCCCCUCCAACUCACAGAACACGAACGGCGAGCUGUCGCUACGCGAAGUCCCCGCUGCGACGGACCACUUGAAGCACAAGCUGCAGAAGGCGCGGGCGCAGAUUAAGACGCUUCCCGACAUGGACCGAACGAUGGCGGAACAGGAGGAGGAAAUGCGGCAGCUGGAGGACAAGAUACGGCGGCAGAGGGAGCAGCUCAACUUGCUCAGGGAGAAGGGGCUGGGGUUUGCCGGGCAGGGCAGGGACGAGGAUCGGAUGCAGGAAUGA